AUGGAGCAAAUUCGCACUGAUGACUUCUUUCAACACAUCUCUCAAAGCAAGGACAUACCGGACACUGUUUCUGAUGUGUUAAGCUUGGGUGACAAUUUUGCGUUACCCAUUGAACAGAAACAAAAAAAUGAUCGCAACAAUCUUGUUUUGGAUGUUGUCAAGAAUUUCGAAGUGCAUAGUAAUAUUUUGCCAACAGAUACUAUUGAAACAACUAGAAUUUCUAUCUCUAACAUCCUUCAGAGAUUUCUUGACAACAAUAAACGUACCAAUUAUUCAGAUAGACGCAUUUUGCAGUCUUACGCGGUCUCCAAGAGAUAUUUACGCGAAAAUAAAGACAUCAUGGUCACGAGAGCUGACAAAGGUCAGAUCACUGUCGUUAUGGACAAGAGUGAUUAUUUCGACAAGAUGGAAUUGCUGCUGAAUGGUUGGUCCUUUGUCGAAAUUAUCAAGAACACUGAUAUUGACAAGGACAACAUUAUGGUUUCGUUGGAUGUGGCUUCAUUAUUCACUAACGUCCCAAAAGAUUUGGUAGUAAAGGCCAUACGGAAACGCUGGGAAGAUAUUGCCAAGAACACAAAAUUCAACCUUUCUCAAUUUUUAUUUGCAACGGAAUUGAUCUUGGAUUCAACUUGUUUUGCAUUUAACGGACGUUUUUAUGAGCAGAUCUUCGGCACCCCCAUGGGCUCUCCACUUUCACCUAUCUUAGCAGAUAUGGUAAUGGAAGAUUUGGAGAUACAAUGUCUAAACUCAUUAGGUUUUACCGUUCCUACUUAUUAUACAAGAUUUGUCGAUGACGUUUUCGCAAUAGUACCACGCGCAAAAAUCAACGAGAUCUUGACAAAGUUCAACAAUUAUCACGAGCGCUUAAGAUUCACUUAUGAGACUGAAGUUGACUCAUCCAUUAGCUUUUUGAAUGUAAAAAUUAUUCGGUUCGAUAAUAGACUUAUCACUAAUUGGUUCCGGAAACCUACAUGGUCAGGGAGGAGAUAUAGAGACAAGGAAUAG